UCCCUUCUCCCUUCCCUCGAUCCAAAUCUCGUAUCCACAGAUCUAGAUCACGGCCAUAGGGAAACCAAUAACGAGAAGAAGCGGCUCGCCGAGAUAUGCCAUGUCGACUUCUCCUUUUGUCAUCAAUGGAGGCGCCACGAAGGCCAAGAAGAAGGCCCCAACAGCCCUGGCCAUGGCAGGGCCUCAUGUAGAGCCUGAAGACCAAACCAACGAUCAAUGUGUGCUGAGAAUGACAGCAGUAUGCACCACAUUUGCAGUCUUAACUACAUGGAUUUUUGAAUAAGAUGGGGCGACCAUGAUGUGGCUCGGAGAAAGGGUGCAUAUGGGAUUACUUAUUACCCAUUGGGUCUGCAAAUAUGAGAGUGGCAAGGCAUGGGUAUUUAGCUCGAGUUGUGCAUGGGCUGCUCGAGCUGCGCGCUAAUGUGGAGGCCCCGCACCGCCGCCGAUGGGCUGAUGUUGUUGCACGUCGUGGCAGGGACGUCAGUGUGUGCGCUGCUUGUGCUGGGCGCUGAUGUGGUCGCCCCUGAUCGGAAGGGACGCCGCUGGAGCUGCCGCGGGAUAUGGUGGUGGUCCGCUGAUGGAGCUGGGAGCAGACGCGGAGGCAAUGGGCCCGACUCUCUGUGUGCAAAUCAUGAUGACUUGGAGCACUGUCAUGGGAAGUUUUUAUUCAUCUUUACCUAUAUUUAUUGGAUUAGGUUCCAUUGGCAGCGUCAACAGGUUAAAGACGAUGUACCCUUUUCCCGUUUGGAUACCAACCAUUGCAUUCAACAAUAAUUUUUUGCUUACUACAAACCGUAAGAAGCUGAAGCUUACUGAUUUGGGGCUUACACGAGAGGAAACUGUAACUGAAAUGAUGACGACUGAAAUUGGGACAUACCGAUAUGGACACAGAGGCCAGGGCGGAGGACGUUGUCAAUGGAAAACAUGGCUCCGCAUGAAGGUUCACUCGCCAAUAGUCUUCAAGAAGAUGCGAAGGUCAUGGUUCUGUGUUGAUGCCCCUUGAAAAAAAUAUCUUCUCAUUUUCUUGUUUGAAGGAACGCUCGGAGAAAUUGAGGAUGCAAAAAAUGUACGGAGAAAAGGGAGACUAGGAGAGGUACACGGUGAGGCAUCGACGAAUCCUAAAAAGAGAAACUUUUAUCACAGUGUUCUCAUAUCCAAACUUGAAUUAAGUAUGCUUUUUGAAUGGCUUGCACUAAAGCAGAGUAUAAUUCUUAUACUUGUGUUUUAAAUUGACUACAUGUUGUCGUCUCCUCUUGUAUACAUCUUUCGUAACUACCAUUUUGUGAUGGGUUGUUAAGCUACCAUUCAAGGGAAUGCAUGUUGACAAAUGUAUUGAUACUUCCUUGAG